UCAUCAUUCGAGAAUUCACCUCCGACCUGUCAAAGCAUCGCCAUGCAACUGGUACUUAUCGCCACCCUGUUCGGCAUCGCUGCAUCAGCGUUCGCGCCGUCCUAUGAAUCCAGCCGUCCUCAGGCGUCGUUAGAAAAGAACGCCCGCAUUCUUGCUUACGACGCGGAUGUCAAAGAAGAUUCAUACAGAUUCAACUACGAAACUGAAAACGGAAUCAAAGCUGAGGAACAGGGGCAAGAGGUCGAGGGUAUCGAAGCUCAAGGUGGUUUCCAGUACACCGGAGAUGAUGGCCAAGUUUACGCCAUCAGCUACUCCGCCGGCCAGGCUGGAUUCCAGCCCCAGGGCGCGCAUCUGCCUACCGCUCCCCCCACUCCUGAAGCCAUCCUCAAGGCUCUAGCCCAGAACGCAGCUGAUGAAGCCGCUGGUAUCAUUGACGAUGGUCAAUACAACCCAGGUAAAUACGGAGGUGGUCAGCAGCAACAAUACCGCGCCCAGAGCACCGGAUUCCGACAGGCCUACAAGUUCUAAGCUUAGCAAUUGCCAGUAUUAAGUUAUCAUCGAUAUAUCUAUCAUGAAAUUUCCGUUCGAAAUUUAGAGUGACCAUAUUUAGAUGGAUUAUAGGAUAUUCCCCAAUCUAAAGAAAAACUGAUUUUAUAAUUGCUAUAGUAUUAUUUAUUUCUGUGAUGUCUUCAGAAGCUGUUUCUCUAACUACAUUUAACUUGUCAAUAGAUAUUUUAAAAUUAAUUUUAUCCUAUCUAUUGAUAUUAACAAUAAUUAGUCUUUUGUUUUUGUUGACUUUAACUUGAAAUUUUUCUAAGUCUUCGAUAUAUGCUCGCUCUAUAUUUUGUGAAUGAAAAUUUCAUAAUAAAUAACAAUCUUUUCUGCCUUAGUAACUAAGAAAGAGUGCGUGAUCAUAUAGUGUUUAAUAUUGGAUAAAAAUGUAUUACCAUAGUCAUAUCGAUUACCAGUGAGAAAAUGAGGCGAUUAUUUAUUCUAUGAAUAAAAUCUUUUUUGUAAUUUCAUA